AAUUCCCUUCCCUACCUAUAUAUAUACACCUGUUCCUACAUCCCUCUUCUCCACAACCUACUUGCUUUCAUUUACACAAAAUCAUCAAUGGCAAUGGCCUCUCUUGCAUCCUCAAGUGUUCUUUUGAACCUCUUGUUCAUCGUUUCUGCGCUCCAUUUGGGAGCAGCAGCAGCAAGAAUUCUGAGUGAAAAGGAGGACCAACAACAGUUGCAGUUCCAAUACCACAAAGGCCCUCUUCUCAGCGGCAAUAUCUCUGUCAAUCUCAUAUGGUACGGUAGCUUCAAGCCUUCCCAGCGAGCCAUCAUCUCCGAUUUCAUCACCUCCCUUUCCUCUUCUCCAAAAUCCACAGCCCAACCAUCCGUCGCCACGUGGUGGAAAGGCACUGAAAAAUACUACCAACUCAUCAAGUCGGCACCAAAACCCAGCCUCACCCUCGCUCUCGGUGCCCAAAUCCUCGACGAGAACUACUCCCUUGGAAAAUCACUCACCACCGACAACAUCGUUAGUUUAGCAUCCAAGGGUGCUCCCAAUGACGCCAUCAACGUUGUUCUAACAUUCUCGGACGUAACCGUUGAGGGGUUCUGUUCCAGUAGGUGCGGGACUCACGGCUCCUCGGUGGGCCAUGGCAAGUUGGCUUACGUGUGGGUGGGGAACUCGGAGACGCAGUGCCCGGGCCAAUGCGCAUGGCCCUUCCACCAGCCCAUUUACGGCCCACAGAGCCCACCAUUGGUAGCGCCCAACAACGACGUGGGCCUGGAUGGAAUGGUCAUCAACGUGGCCACCCUAUUGGCCGGGACCGUUACAAACCCUUGGGGGAAUGGCUACUUCCAAGGACCCAAAGAGGCUCCUCUCGAAGCCGCUUCCGCUUGCACAGGGCUGUACGGCAAGGGCGCUUACCCUGGCUACGCUGGGGAACUCUUGCUGGACCCCACUACCGCCGCUAGCUACAAUGCUAACGCCGUCAAUCACCGCAAAUAUUUGUUGCCGGCACUCUUUGACCCUACCACUUCAGCUUGUUCUACUCUGCCGUAACUCUAAAACUCGGGUGCUUAGCUUCUAUGUUAGGGCUACACUAUCACCCAAGAGAUUCUUUUAUUUGUUGUUUAUCUGGAUGAAUAAAUAUACAAUGUUCAAUGUACAAAGCAAAACAUAUAGUAUAUAUAUAUGAAUUGAAUUAUUGGUA